AUGGCGUCCUACGCCCUUCACAUCGAGACGCCGCUCGCGUCUGUGCAGCCCGUCACGCUCUCGUGGAGAAACCUCGAGCUUCAAGUAGCGACCAAGGCCGAGCCAAAGACAAUCUUGCACACGCAGUCGGGUGUCGCCAAGCCUGGUGAGCUCCUCGUGAUCAUGGGCCCGUCGGGCGCCGGGAAGAGCUCGCUUCUGGACGUCCUCGCGGGCCGCCAGCCGCGCUACGCAGGUGACAUCCGCGUCAACGGCCAGCCCUGCACCAAAGACGCCAUGCGCCAGCACAUGUCGUACAUCAUGCAAACGGACGCGUUCUACCCGUCGCUCACGGUGCUGGAGCACCUUCUCUUCCAAGCGCAGCUGCGUACGCACUGGCCGCCGGAAGUGCGCCACGCCCGCGUGCUCUCGGUCCUCGAAGAAAUGGGCCUCUCGAAAUGCCGGGACACGCAGAUUGGCGACGACCACCGCAUCCGCGGGAUCUCGGGCGGCGAGCGCAAGCGCUUGAGCUUUGCGUCCGAGCUCCUCACGAACCCGUCGCUGCUCUUCGUGGACGAACCCACUUCGGGUCUCGACAGCUUCAUGGCCGAGUCGGUCGUCGCGCAGCUCCGAGCCCUCGCCCGCGCGGGCCGCACGGUUGUCGCGACCAUCCACCAGCCGUCCGCCGAGGUCUAUGCAGCCUUUGACACGCUCUACCUCUUGUCCAACGGGUCGCCUGUCUACGUCGGCCCCGCGUCGCUUGCGAGAGACUACUUUGCGUCCGUCGGGCAUGUCUGCCCCACGUACGUCAACCCGACCGACUUUUUCAUGCGCGAGCUCAUGCUCGCCGAGCGCGCUCCAAUUAACGACCUCGUGGCCGCGUGGCGUGGCGCCACGUAUGUCUCCGACGACGACGACGGCGGCGAGCCGCUCUCGGAGCGCACUGGGGUUGCAUCGCCGCGCCUCUUCGCCGUGCUCUGCCGGCGCAACGCGCUGCGCAUCCUCCGCGACAAGAUGGCGUUCCGGGCCAAGGUCGCGCAGAACGUCUUCGUGUCGGUCAUUGUGGGGCUGAUCUACUGGCAGCUGCCGCUGACGCAGCUCGGCAUCCAGUCGUUCACGGGCGUCCUCUUCUUCAUUGUGAUCAACCAGUUCUUUGGUAUGGCCGCGCCCGAGUUUGCCGCCGUUGCACUCGAGCUGCCCAUCAUGGCGCGCGAGUUUCAAAGCGGCUUGUACCCGUCGUACGUUUGGUACCUGGCGAAGAACGCGAGUGAGCUCGGCCUUCAAGUGCUCUUCCCGCUCGUGUUUCUGCUGCCCGCGUAUUUCAUGGUCGGGUUUCCCCUCUCGCUGCCCGUUUGGAGCUCGUUCUACCUCUUCUUGUCGCUGCUCGGGUCAGCGGCCACGGGCCUCGGCUACAUGGUGUCGUGCGUCGUCCAGCGGCCCGAGAUUGCGCCAGUCGUUGGCAUCAUGGUGCUCCUGCCGUUUCUCAUCUUCGGCGGCCUCUUCCUGAACGCGGCCAUGACGCCUGUCUACUUCAAGUGGCUCGAGGUCGUCUCGCCGAUGAAGUACGCGUUCCGAGGCCUCAGCCGCGCCUUCUGGUCCCAUGUCGCGUCGAUCCCGUGCGAAGGCCCCUCCCGCAACUGCAUUGCCCGUGACGGUGCGACCGUCUUGGCCAACAUGAGCUUGGACGGCGGGUCCUUCUGGGGCGAUGCGCUCCUGCUUGUCGGUAUCAACCUCCUCUUCCGCACCCUCGGCGGGCUCUUCCUGGCAUGGCGACUUCGAGGCCGUCAAUAA